UUUCAAAAUGGGAGGGUUAUCUAGCCAGGAUAGUAGUGCUUCUCUUUCAAGAAACAUUUUGAGGCAUUGGCUACUUUACUGAGAUGUGAUGUGAAGAGUAUUGGAGUAACCAACUAUGCUGAUGAUGCUUUCUUCAAUAUAUUUUAUGCUUACUUACUGUUCAUAAUAGCAAAUAGCAUCUUUGCCUUUGUCUUUACACCCUUACUUUUUUCUGCUUAUACAUUGCAGCGGAAAGAGCUACAGUUUGACAUCUUUGAAGCCUAUCUGCCUGUCUUCUCCUUGCUAUAGUUUAUGACCCCUUAAAAUCUCAUGUUUCAAUAAUGGUGAAAUUUCUUCCUGGUUUAUUAGGCUUCCUAGAAUCAUAAACAAUGAUAAAUACCUUGAGAUCCAGGUUGCAAUAUACUGUUAACAAUCUUAAACCUGUCAUCCAAUCAACUUUUCUCCCAAUACACUUCAAGACAGAGCAGUCGAUCAAUGAUUAUAUAAGCUCCUUGUGCAAGCAAAACCUUUUCAAACAAGCUCUUGAUGCGUUUGACUUCUUGCAAAAACAUACAAGUUUUCAUGUGAAGCCCAGCACUUAUGCCCAGCUGAUAUCUGCCUGCUCGUCUUCGAGAUCUGUAGAUCAAGGAAGAAAAAUCCAUAACCAUAUCCUUAUACACAGCUGUCAGCCUGACAUGAUUCUUCAAAAUCAUCUUCUCAAUAUGUAUGGGAAAUGUGGUGCCUUGAAGGAUGCUCAAAGGGUUUUCAAUGAAAUGCCAAAGAGAAAUGUGGUUUCUUGGACUUCUGUAAUUGCUGGAUACUCACAGCAUGGUCAAGAAAUUGAUGCAAUAAAGCUGUAUUUUCUAAUGCAAAAAUCUGGCCUUAUGCCAGAUCAAUUCACCUUUGGAAGCAUAAUAAGAUCUUGCUCAAGUUUGAGUUCCAUUGAGAUAGGGAGGCAGUUGCAUGUUCAUGUCAUUAAAUCAGAAUUUGGUUCCCACCUUAUUGCACAAAAUGCUUUGAUUGCAAUGUACACAAAAUUUGGUCAAAUUGCUGAUGCAUUGGAUGUGUUUUCUGGUAUUAAAAAAAAGGAUUUAAUUUCAUGGAGUUCAAUGAUUGUGGGCUUUUCACAAGAGUUAGAAGCAUUGAGCCAUUUUGAAGAAAUGCUGUCUCAAGGUGUUUAUCAGCCAAAUGAAUUUGUUUUUGGUAGUGCUUUUAGUGCUUGAUGUGGCAGUCUCCUGCAACCAGAAUGUGGGAGGCAGAUACAUGGGAUGAUUACAAAAUUUGGGCUAGGGAGAGACACUUUUGCAGUUUGCUGGCUCAGUGAUAUGUAUGCAAAAUGUGGUCUAUUGGAUUUUGCAAAAACAGCUUUCUAUCAGAUAGAGAGGCCUGAUUUAGUGUCUUGGAAUGCAAUCAUUGCAGGGUUUGCAUAUGGUGGUGAUGCAGACGAAGCCAUGCUGUUUUUUUCUCAGAUGAGGCAUCUGGCAUUGAGCCCAGAUGAUAUCACAGUUCGCUCCCUGCUUUGUGCCUGCACAAGUCCAGUUACCCUAAAUCAAGGCAUGCAGAUACAGUCAUACCUUAUCAAAGUGGGUUUUGAUUUAGGUAUAGCAGUGUGUAACACUUUACUUUCAAUGUAUGCAAAGUGUUCAGAUCUUUAUGAUACAUUUAAAAUGUUCAACGAGAUGACAAGCAAUGCAGAUUCAGUUUCUGGGAAUACUGUUCUUGCUGCAUGUAUGCAGCACAACCAAGCUGGGGAGGUUUUCUCAUUAUUAAAAAUGAUGCUUCCAUCUCAAAAUAAGUCUGACCUUAUUACUUUAGUCAGUGUACUGGAAGCUUGUCGAGAAAUAGCCUCUCUAGAAAUGGGGGAUCAAGUUCAUUGCUAUGCUAUGAAAACUGGGCUCAGGCUCGAUAACUCCGUCACAAAUGGACUGAUUGACAUGUGUAUGAAAUGUGGCUCUCUACGAAAUUCUCAAAAGCUCUUUGAUUCCAUUGAGAGUCCUCAUGUUGUCUCCUGGAGUAGUUUGAUUGUGGGUUAUGCUCAGUUUGGACAUGGAGAAGAAGCUCUUAAACUCUUUGGGAAAAUGAGAAGUUUAGGUGUCAAGCCAAAUCAAGUGACAUUUGUUGGGGUUCUAACUGCUUGCAGUCAUGUUGGCCUGGUAGAAGAAGGUUUACAAUUGUACCGUACCAUGGAAAUGGAUCACAGGGUUGUACAUUCUAGAGAACACUGCUCAUGUGUGGUCAACUUGCUUGCUCAUGCUGGACGUAUAAAUGAAGCAGAAGAUUUUAUCAAUCAAUUGCCAUUUGAUCCUGAUAUUGUCAUGUGGAAGACUCUGCUAGCUGCUUGUAAAAACCAUAAUAAUGUUGAGGUUGGAAAAUGUGCUGCUGAAAAUAUUCUGAAAAUUGAUCCAUUCAACUCUGCUGCUCAUGUAUUACUUUGCAACAUAUAUGCAUCUGACUGCAGUUGGGAAGAUGUUGCUAGAGUACGGAGUUUGAUGAAACAAAGGAAUGUCAAGAAAGUUCCUGGUCAGAGUUGGAUUGAAGUUAAAGACAACAUCCAUGUUUUCUUGGCAGAAGAUAGUUUGCAUUCAGAAAGGGACAAAAUAUACUCGAUGCUACAGGAAUUGUGGUUGCAGAUGCUGGAUGCUUGUUAUGUUCCGUUCAAAGAUAAGCUUCAUGAGUGAACUAUUGGUGGGGUUAAAUUAGUGAUGACGUGAUCUUCAGGUUCAACAUCAUGCCCAAUCUUCAGAAAGUUCUAGUUUGAUCUUGGAUUUGCUAGAGUGAUCAUGUCUGAAGUCUGUGGAGGUUUAUCAAUCGUUCAAAAUAGCAAUCCUGAUGCUAUACUUUUGGCUCAUGAGAACACCAUGGGUCGCAUUCGAAAAGGUUACGGUAGCGUUUGAUAGAGUUUUCUAAAUAUGAUUUGAAAAUAGAGUUGUAUUUUGAGUUUGUGAGUUUUGGAAUUAUGAUUUGAGUGUGGAAAAUUUGUUUGGUGAAUGAGUUUUGAAUUGAGUGGGGAAUUU